AUGGCCGAAGUCUCCCUCGCUCAGGCCACCUGCAAAUUCAUCGACGAAUGCCCGACUCCCUUCCACCUCUGCGCCGAGACGGGCGCGCUGCUAAAGGCGGCGGGCUUCACCGAGAUUGCGGAGGACGGCGCUUGGCGGCCUCUACUGAAGCCCGGCGGCAGCUACUUUUAUACACGCGCCGGCACGACGCUGGUGGCCUUCCACGUCGGCGCGGCCUUCGAGGCGGGGAACGGUAUCAACGUCGUCGGCGGGCACACAGAUAGCCCCGUGCUGAAGCUCAAGCCGUCUUCGAAGAAGAGCGCUCACGGCUACCUGCAGUUGAACGUCGAGACGUACGGCGGCGGGCUGUGGCACACGUGGUUCGACCGCGAGCUCACCCUCGCGGGCUCGGUGAUCGUCAAGCAGGCUGACGGAUCGUUCGCCCGCCGCCUCCUCUUUGUGCGCCGGCCUCUGAUGCGGGUGCCGAGCCUCUGCAUCCACCUGCGCACCGCCGAGGAGAGGGAGAAGUUCGCACCAAACAAGGAGACGCACCUCGCGCCGAUCCUCGCGUGCGCGGUGAGCGAGGCGCUCAACGCCGACAAGCCGUCCGCCUCCUCGCUCGGGGGGCGCCAUGCGCCCGAGCUGCUGCGGCGCCUCUCUCGCACUCUCCCUGCGACCUCAGGCGACGUGCUCGACUUCGACCUCACGCUGUGCGACACGCAGCCGUCCGCGACCCGAGACUACGCCCGCGAUUGGGGAGCGGACGAGUUUCUCUCUGCGCCGCGACUCGACAACCAGCUCACCUGCUACCUCGCCAUGCUCGCGCUGAUCGACCACGCCAAGGAGGCGCCGCCCUCGCAGCCGGACGUGGCGAUGAUCGCCCUGUUCGACCACGAGGAGGUGGGUUCUGGCUCGGCGCAGGGCGCCUGCUCGACGGUGAUGAGCGACGCGCUGCAGCGGGUCUCGUCCUGCUUUGCGCCCGACGAGCGACACGCGAGCGUGGAGGCGCUCAGCAAGACGGCGCGGCGCUCCUUUCUGAUGGCCGCGGACCUGGCGCACGCCGUCCACCCAAACUACGCAGAGAAGCACGAGAAGGAGCACGCGCCCAAGCUCAACAGCGGGACCGUCAUCAAGUCGAAUGACAACCAGCGCUACGCCACGAACGACGCGACCGGCUUCGUCGUGCGUGAGCUCGCGCGGCUCGCCGGGCUGACGGUGCAGGAGUUCAUGGUCAAGAACGACUGCCCGUGCGGCUCCACCAUCGGCCCGCUCAUCUCGCAGUCGACCGGGCUGCGCACCGUCGACAUCGGCGCGCCCUGCCUCUCGAUGCACUCGAUCCGCGAGACGGUCGGUGUCGCCGACGUCGAGAACUACCUCCAGCUGAUGAAGGCCUUCUUCGGCCGGUUCGCGGAGCUCGAAGGCAAGUGCAACUUCGGCCUCGAAUUUGGCGCCGUCCGGCUGGCCUCGAUGAGCGUUUGCCAGCCGUCCGUGAAAGCACCGGCGGCGUGACCCCGUGACCCCGCGGGUGCGCGCGGCGGUGUGGGUGGUGACGCGCCGGGCUUGGGGGUGGCUUGCAGAGGCUACCGUUGGCUGGCAAAGAUACUGACGGUGGGCGCGAGAGACAGAGACGAGAGAGAGAGCCAGAACGCGAGAGACAUAACUCAUAAAAAGGUGCUAGGUGCUACGCCGGCCAUAGGACUUAGGAUCCCAUUUACGGUUAAGCGGAUGCCUGCUAGUGCUUUCUCCCCUUU